GCGUCGAGAUUAGGUCCUUGUCGCUCAGGGGGAUGGAACCUGAGGAACUCGUCGACUUCCUUGCUCAUACUUGCAUCUUGCGGAGACUCAUCAUAAAGGAGACAAUCAAUGUGGCUGAAUCAGAAUACGAACACAGAUGUCGGCGAUUGUUGGAUGCUGCUUCCGGCUCACUCUCGGAACUGCGAUUGGACCUUUUUCGCCUAAACAGAGAGAUUUGGCAGCGCCGCUAUCCUCCACUCACGAUACCUCACUGCGGAGACUAUGGCUCACCAAUGUCGACAUUCGUGAACAUUCUGAUUUGAACACAUUGUGUAGAUGCUUACUUUCAAUCAAAUCACGCCAGCUUCAAGAAAUCGUGAUAUUGUUCAAUGACCGGGAUUCAUGCCCAUCUAUGAAUGUCCUGCAUUCACGCCAUUUUUAUCUGGCGGAUCAGUUUCAACACCUUGGCUUGAGGACCAGCUUGAUCCCUACGAAAAGAUAGACAAUUAUCUUUCAUCCGAUCGAUUCGAGGACCUGAGAAAAGUAGAAUUUGCACUGUAAAUUCUCAGAUCCCGAUGCGGCAGUUUAUUCCGAAGAUCCCGAUGCGGCAGUUACAGCGGCCAGGGGAUAUUGGAAGGA